GAGGAAGAAGAUGGCGGCGCCGAGGUACCCCACGCCGCUGCACGGGCACGUGGGGCGUGGGGCCUUCAGCGACGUGUAUGAGCCCGCGGAGGAUACGUUCCUGCUACUGGACGCGCUCGAGGCGGCGGCGGCAGAACUUGCGGGAGUCGAAAUAUGCCUUGAAGUAGGGUCAGGGUCUGGUGUGGUAUCUGCAUUCCUAGCCUCCAUGAUAGGUCCUCAAGCAUUGUACAUGUGCACUGAUAUCAAUCCUAAAGCAGCAGCUUGUACCCUGGAGACAGCACGCUGUAACAAAGUCCACAUCCAGCCCGUAAUUACAGAUUUGGUAAGAUGUUAAUCCUUGUCCAAUAAUAAUAAAUUGCCCUUUCAAAUAAAUUAAGGUCAAAUUGAUUUAGGUCAAAGAAAUUUGAGUAAUUAAUUAAAUGUUAACUCACUAAACAGUAUACCCCAUACAAUGUAAAUUCUUGACUGGUAAAAUUGUCAAAGAAGAAAAUCUCGUACUCUGUUAGGUGUGAAAG